AGCAGGAGGAAAAGGAACGAGAGAGCACAUGUCGAAAAGGAGUACUUGGCUGAGCUUCAGUGUAGUUAGUUAGUCCUAGUUAGUUCGAGUUUUCAUCAGGUGGAAUGUGAUACGUAAGCUAGUAGUUGCUCCGCAUACUACACAACUCUCUGUCUCUCUUUUAUUUAUCAACAUAAUUCUUGCAACACGACAUGGAUAUUUAUUAUAUUUAUAAUCGGCAACUCAUUCUCAUACUGUUCUUGUUGAACAAUUUGAAAUAUUUUCAAAUAUACUAAAGAUAAUCCGACGUGAUACGUAAACAUAAUCUUCAUGCUGCAGCAAAACUACCUAUCGCUAUCUGAAAAAGAGAAUUACGAGCACGCAUGAUUCUCUUUUAACUUUAACAAGUUAAAGAGAAGCAGGGUGUAGAAGUGUAUUAUUUUUUGGUCAACAUCAACAGCAGAAAGGCGAUAGUGAUCCGACAGAAACAAGGAAGGACUCGCGGCGCGACGUGGUGCAGAGUCUUCCUUUUUUUGCUGAGAAGGAAUGUAGGUGACCUCUCCUAGAGGACAUCACUAGAGGACAUCACCGUUACUUCUGAAAAAAUCACACCAAGAACACGGACCACGACCUCCCAAGAAGAACCUGCGAACAUACUAUCUUCAUCGUCUCAUGCUCCUCCCCCAGCUGUAGUACUUCCUUUUUUUGCUGAGAAGGUGGCCUCAUCUCUUAGCUUUUGGACUCGAAGACUACUAAACAGAUCUCGCUUGGACCCCGCUUCUGAUCAAACGUGACCCUCAAGCUCUAGCUCAAAUAUCACUCAUCAAUCAGGGACUUUCUUGGAGCACUUCAUCUACAUACACCCAAUCUUUUUGGGGUUUGGACCUACGUUGGUUUGCAGCGGUUCGUGGUGACCAGCGACUGUUGCAAGACCGAACAACUGUCUUCUAUUUCCGCCUACUUAUUCCGAACAACGUUCUAGAUCUACAGUUGCUUCUAUUCCGAACAACGUUCUAGAUCUACAGUUGCUUCUAUUCCGAACAACUAUCUUCUAUUUCCGUCUGUUCCGCGCGCUCGUUUCAACACACACGAAAAUGGCGAAGGUGAACAAAGAGGGUGGCAAUACCGAUGCGAUGUUCGCGCAUCAGCUGAAGAAGUUAAGGCUUGCCGUAAUUCAUCUUAAGAGGCAUCUUUGGGCACGAUUUCAAGGGGAAUUCACUUCAAAGAUGCACUUUAAGAUGAAUAUGGAUAAGGUCUAAAGAAGGCUGGCCAGCAACCGGACACGACAAAGAAUUAAGGCUUCUCCUAAUCCAUCUCUUCCUCUUGAGGUUGAGGCCUCCUCUUCCUGGGGAGCAUGCUUUUCAAGGGGAGAAAGUUUUCAAGGGGAUGGUUUUCACAGGGAUCAUGCGUUUGAAGGGAAGAAAGUUUUCAAGCGGAUGGAUUAGCAUUAGGGUCCGCACCAGCUCUAAAAGAAGAUCGAGCUAGAUUUGGGAGCCGAAGAACUCGCUGGACACAGUGUCUUCAACUUCCAAUUUUAAGGCUAGAAAUGGGAAGUUGAAAACACGGAACCAGGCAGCUUUGAGUGAGCUGCUACGUGGUUCGAAUGAAUGAAUAGCAUGUGAAGGACUUCUCGGCAGUAGAAUAAUUUUUACACCAUUAGUACUAGGGAUCCAGGCUCUUUAUUCUCUUAUGCUCUCGUUCUGUCUCAUGCUCCUACCUCCAUCUAACCAUGAUGCGAGGCCUUAAACAGCGACAGCAGUCGUGCCAAUUGUCGUCAGAUUUUGGUGCCACAAGAAGACUCAAUCGCCAUGGUGUCAGACACUGACGCGCAGAUGCUCCUGAAGAUUCACUUUCGUGAAAAAGUGAACCUUACAAAGUUAAGAUUCUUCUCGAUUUUCUACUUAUUUAAAGAGCAGUAUGUUAUUAUUAAUUCAUCUUAUUAAAGUAGUACAGUGCACACCCGUCAUUAUAAUUGACUGCGUAUAUCAUCAUCAUCAUCAUCAUCUACGUUGAAGAGUUUGUUCAGUGCAUCUCAUGAAUCUACUUUGAAGAGUAUUUCAUUAGUCCUACGAGGGCUCCAGCGCUAAGGUGUCUCGUUUUCCGUUGCGACGAGCGACCCAACUUACUCGCUGAUGAGCUAGGUGCAGAGUGCGCUCUGGGAGGUAUGGGGCUACUAGGUGAAGAUUAUGGCUCCUUUGCGUAAUUCGUCUCAAGAGGUAUCUUGAACGAAAACUACAGGUCAAAGAUGAGCGACCUCCAAGAGUCGAUCGAUGAUGGUAAGUAGGUACUCGAAAAACUGAAAUAGCCGAGUGUGCUAGGGAAUAAUUAUCAACAGAGACAACUCUCGACGGUUACUGUUUUUCGAAUACUUGCGUCUCCUUCUUUUGAGAAGUAUGAUCUAUUCGAAAGUUGCUCGAAAGUAAAUCUAUUCGAGCUCUAUCUCUAAGGAGAGCAGGAGGAAGACGAGGAAGAUCUCGAUCCCGAGUGCUCGUGUCAGCCACCUGGUAAGGUCCGCAUCUUCGCAAAUCAAGAUGAGCUGGACUUUCAAGAUUUGGACUUCUAUAAACCAGCUGUGGAAGUCGAUAUGACCGACUUGCAUUGUCCUCCGGAACCGAGUGCUCUUAGGAGAGAAAAUCAACUAUGUGUUCUUGAUUUAAGUAUCUAGUACUAAGAAUGUAGUUCUAGUAAAUUAGUAAAUUGAUUUAAGUAUCUACUAUAAGAAUGUUAUAGUAAAUACUACGUUGUUAAUCUACCAAAUACUACGUGGUGUUGCUUAACCUACUAAGACCGGUGUUCGACGAUUUUGCUCAGGUCACCCAUCAUCCUCGGAGUCGAGCAGGUGCCGGCGGGGCUCGAUGUGCGGGAUCCAUAACCUAACCUAACCAGGCCGGCUCUCUUCUUGCGCUUGCUAGCUAUUCGUGCGUUGAUUAACCUACUAGUACUAAGAAUGUUAUUAUAGCCUAUUAUACUCCUAAUAAGAAAGUUAUUAUAGCCUAUUAUACUACUAAAUCUAAAAUCUAUUGGUCCGGUGUUCCUUCUGCGGAUUAUGGUGCUCGAACAAAUCAACAACAUCUGGGAUCAAAAUGGUAGACUCACACUCAUGCUCGCACUUACCUGCUCUCCUCUCACGCUUACCAGCUAUUUGAGGAUCAAACAUAAGUCCACUUGAAGUUUUAAAAACUAACAUCCUCUGUGGAUCAACACAUCCUCUAUUGAUAACAUCCUCUAUUUUGUAUUAGAAUGCAUGUUAUCCCGCCUCAGGGUAACUACCAAUAACCCUCGAGAAGUAUUGCAGGGAGGUUCUAACUCAAUAGGCAGAAAGAAGCAGACGGGCAAGAGGAUGCAAGAUACGUCGGACAUCGUAAGGCCUUCAAACGCGAGCUUUAUGAAGAGAAUUAUCACUCAUUUUCUUUUUUUACUCGUUCACUGAACUUCACCUCCACGCACGACUAGUAAAACCAUAAAAUUAGAAUAUCAUUGUGUUAAAUUUUUGUAAGGUUUUAUUCAAGUCUAUGUAUAUCGUAUAGCUCCUUCUUCUAGGAAUCAAUCAGAAGAUCUUCGCGUCUUCAACGCUCAACCCAUGAAAUGGAUGACAACCUCCCCCCAAUAAAAAACGGUCCUUUCCCCGCCACCUUCGGUCCUUUCCCCACCUUUCAUUCCGUAUAUGCAGACGGUUACGCUGACGGGACCGAAGUUUCAGAGGUGUAGCACACUCCAAAUUUUUAUCACAGAGGCGAAAGACGAUGCGGACCUAAGCUUCUUGAACCACCUGGCCAUUUAUGGCGUCCUGGCGACCGACUACCACACGACUUAUCGAUAGAAGCCUUAAUCUUUUCCACUGGUACGACGACAUCGUCCAGCUUUAUCCCCGGGGCUGCUUCUCUGAUUUUUUUGAGUGGUAUUCAUUUUCAUAUGGACGAGGGUCGUUAAGGUCCACAAAAGACAAACUGAAACACGAAUGAGCUUCAAUCUCGAAAAAAACAUCAUGAUAGAUUGUCCCCGUUAUCGUUGUCGUCGAGAUUUUCAAUUAUAAUAACUCUAGAGAGGUCCUCCUAUCACUGUCUUUUUUCUAGUUAGGUCCGUCGGCUCCGCCACAAUUAUGAUAACUCUUCUUGAGUCUAAAAAGUAAUGUGUAUUUUGGUCCAUUCGUUCUCCCAAGAUUGAUGUUUAUCCUCUCGAAGAAUUAUGGUGGCAAGAAAGGGUAAAACGAUACCUGUCGUCGAACAAGAGGUGCCCGCUUCCAAACUUGUUCUUGUGAUUUUUUACAACACUGAGAAUGCUCCUCCCUUAUAUGAAUAUAAGUGCCUACAUUGUUCCAAGAAGCAACAUGAGUAACAUUGGUACACUGUUCCAAUGAGCAACAUGAGGAUGGAGAUGAGGCGUCGCGAUACUCUCGCCCUCAGGAGUCGUGACCUUCCUCACUGAGCGUCGAUGAAGGAAAUUUCAAUUUGUGGGAAAGGGCAAGUCAUCGUCGAGGAAUCUUUCCAGGGUCGUCAAAGGAACUACAAGGCAAAGGUGUUGUAGUUGGCAGUGUAGUUGCCAUAUUCAUAAAGAAACAUCUUUUUCUUUGCAUACCAUUUUUAGGACUCUGCAAAGCAACACACAG